CAGUCCUCGCCACCUGGCUCAGCAGUCUGGGCCACUGUCCCAGGUCCCGGCUCCGCGCCAUGGAGCGGCGCUGGCUCCUGGGGCUUGGGCUGCUGCUGCUGCUCUGCGCCCCGCUGCCCCCAGGGGCGCGCGCCAAGGAAGUCACUCUGAUGGACACGAGCACCGCUCAGGGAGAGUUGGGCUGGCUGCUGGAUCCCCAGGACGGGUGGAGCGGGACGCAGCAGAUGCUGAAUGGGACCCCCCUGUACAUGUACCAGGACUGCCCCGUGCAAGGAGGCGGAGACACCGACCACUGGCUUCGUUCCAAUUGGAUCUACCGAGGGGAGGAGGCUUCGAGCGUCCACGUGGAGCUUAAGUUUACCGUGCGAGACUGUAAGAGCUUCCCCGGGGAGGCGGGGACCCUAGGCUGCAAGGAAACCUUCAACCUUCUGUACAUGGAGAGCGACCAGGACGUGGGCAUUCAGCUCCGUCGGCCCAUGUUCCAGAAGGUCACCACGGUGGCUGCAGACCAGAGCUUCACCAUCCGGGACCUCGCGUCUGGCGAGAUGAAGAUGAACCUGGAGCGCUGCUCCCUGGGCCACCUCACACGCCGCGGCCUCUACCUCGCUUUCCACAACCCGGGGGCCUGUGUGGCCCUGGUGUCCGUACGCGUGUUCUACCAGCGCUGCCCUGAGGCUGUGCACGCCUUGGCCCAGUUCCCUGACACGCUCCCCCGUCCCGGCAGGCUGGUGGAAGUGGCGGGCACCUGCGUGCCCCAUGCCCAGCCGAGCCCUGUCCCCUCGGGAGCCCCCCGCAUGCACUGCAGCUCCAACGGCGAGUGGCUGGUGCCCAUGGGCUGGUGCCACUGUGAGCCUGGCUAUGAGGAAGGCGGAGAAGCAUGCCUUGCCUGCCCCAGCGGCUCCUACCGGGCGGACAUGGACUCGCCCAGUUGUCUCAAGUGCCCCCAGCACAGCACGGCCGAGUCUGAGGGAGCCACCCUCUGUGCCUGUGAGAGCGGCCACUACCGAGCCCCCGGGGAGGGUCCCCAGGCAGCGUGCACACGCCCCCCCUCAGCCCCUCAAAACCUGAGCUUCUCUGUUCUGGGGGCUCAGCUCUCCCUGCGCUGGGCACCCCCGGCCGACAUGGGGGGACGCCAGGACGUGAGAUACAGCGUGGAGUGUUCUCAGUGUCAGGGAGCAGGGCCGGGUGAAGGCGCCUGCCAGCGCUGUGGGGAAAACGUGCGCUUCUCCCCGGGGGCCAGGGGGCUCCUCGUGCUCUCGGUGCAUGUCCACGGCCUUGAACCCUACACCAACUACACCUUCAACGUCCAAGCCCAAAAUGGAGUGUCGGAGCUGGCCACCUCCAAGUCCACCAGUGCCUUGCUCAGCGUCAGCCUGGGGCACACAGAGGCACCAGCUGGCCUGUCGCUGAGGCUGGUGAAGAAGGAGCCGCGGCAGCUGGAGCUGACCUGGGAGGGGUCCCAGCCGCGAAGCCCGGGCGGCAACCUGACCUACGAGCUCCACGUGCUGAACCAGGAUGAAGAAUGGCACAGGAUGGUGCCCGAAGCCAGAGUCUUGCUGACCGAGCUGCAGCCAGACACCACGUACACCGUCAGGGUCCGGAUGUUGACCCCGCAGGGCCCCGGCCCUUUCUCCCCCGACCAUGAGUUUCGGACGAGCCCACCAGUUUCCAGGCGCCUGACGGGAGGCGAGAUCGUGGCCCUCGUCUUCGGGAUGCUGCUGGGCGUGGGGCUGCUGCUCGGGAUCCUCGUCUGCCGGUCCAGGAGAGGUCAGCGACAGCGGCAGCAGAGGAAGCGGGAUCGUGUCGACAAUGUGGAUGGAGAGGACAAGCUGUGGCUGAAGCCCUAUGUAGACCUGCAGGCGUAUGAGGACCCUGCCCAGGGAGCCCUGAACUUCACCCAGGAACUCGACCCAGCCUGGCUGGUCGUGGACACGGUCAUAGGGGAAGGAGAGUUUGGGGAAGUGUAUCAAGGGACCCUGAGGAUCCCCAGCCAGGAAUGCAAGACUGUGGCUAUUAAGACCUUGAAGGACACGUCUCCAGACGGCCACUGGUGGAACUUCCUCCGAGAGGCAACCAUCAUGGGCCAGUUCAACCACCCGCACAUCCUGCACCUGGAAGGCGUGGUCACGAAGAGAAAGCCCAUCAUGAUCAUCACGGAGUUUAUGGAGAACGGAGCCCUGGAUGCCUUCCUGAGGGAGCGGGAGGACCAGCUGGUGCCUGGGCAGCUGGUGGCCAUGCUGCUGGGCAUUGCAUCUGGUAUGACCUACCUCAGUGACCACAGUUAUGUCCACCGGGACCUGGCCGCCAGAAACAUCUUAGUGAGCCAGAACCUGUGCUGCAAGGUGUCUGACUUUGGCCUCACCCGUCUCCUGGACAACUUUGAUGGCACCUACGAAACCCAGGGAGGGAAGAUCCCCAUCCGCUGGACAGCACCGGAAGCCAUCGCGCAUCGGAUCUUCACCACGGCCAGUGACGUGUGGAGCUUUGGCAUUGUGAUGUGGGAGGUGCUGAGCUUCGGGGACAAGCCCUACGGGGAGAUGAGCAAUCAGGAGGUCAUGAAGAGCAUCGAGGAUGGCUACCGGCUGCCUCCCCCCGUGGACUGCCCCGCCGCUCUCUAUGAGCUCAUGAAGAACUGCUGGGCCUACGACUGUGGCCGUCGGCCCUCCUUCCACCAGCUGAAGACACACCUGGAGCAACUGCUGGACACCCCCCACACCCUGCGGACCGUGGCCAACUUCGACCCCAAGGUAACCCUGCGCCUGCCCAGCCUGAGUGGCUCAGACGGGAUCCCCUACCGAAGCGUCCCUGAGUGGCUGGAGUCCAUCCGCAUGAAACGCUACAUCCUGCACUUCCGCUCAGCCGGGCUGGACACCAUGGAGUGUGUGCUGGAUCUGACUGCGGAGGACCUGGUGCAGAUGGGGAUCACGCUGCCCGGACACCAGAAGCGCAUUCUUUGCAGUAUUCAGGGGUUCAAGGACUGAGUCCUCCCCUCCCCCCACCUCUGUCCUCAGGAAGCAGGGACGGGGCCAGGGUCACUCAUGCCCCCUCCUCCCUCAGCUGACCAGACCUUGGUGCUGUGCCCGCCCGCCCUCCCCUGAGGAACUUGCCUCUGGAGGCUGCGAGCCUCUGUAAAACAGUAGUGCUGGGAGGGAGCUGAGGGAGGGAGGGUUUAAUAUAUA